AUCGACUAAUAAUGCUUGGGGUGCAUUGGCUCGGCAUUUGACUGAUUUUGACUAUACUCACUGUAUUUUCAAAAGUUAAUAAGCUGUUAAAGUGCGUUGAUAAGCCUUAAAGUGGGACGAUAUAAAUGUAAUCUUUCAUUGUAGGUAAUAUAUAUAGCCAUAACCAUUGAUAGACCGUUGACACAGUACAUUUUAUGGAAGAGGUUUUGGUCUGUAGUUUUACAACGAUAUCUUAUGUGGCGUGCGACAUCUCGUGGCAAUGGUGUGCACGCACAGUUUUACACCAGAAAUAUUGUAUUUAUAAGAAAAAAUGAAGCGAUAUUAUUUACUGGCCGACGCGGGCCAGGACACCAAGAUGGCUGACGCUGGGAAUGAAUACGAAAAAGAAGCUGGCUGUGUCCCCGUUCUUCAUCCAGAGGAGAUCAAGCCUCACUACAGCCAUGGAUACAGCGAGAGUGCAGGCCGUAAGAACCAGGCGGAGGACUACAGCACCUGGGACAUCAUCAAAGCCACACAGUAUGGGAUCUUCGAGCGUUGUCGAGAGCUGGUGGAGGCCGGUUAUGAUGUCCGACAGCCUGACAAGGAGAACGUCACCCUGCUGCACUGGGCCGCCAUCAACAAUCGGCUCGACCUGGUCAAGUAUUACAUCUCAAAGGGUGCCAUUGUGGACCAGCUGGGAGGAGAUCUGAAUUCAACACCGCUGCACUGGGCCACUAGGCAGGGCCACCUGUCUAUGGUGAUCCAGCUGCUGAAGUUCGGAGCCGACCCGGCGCUCAUCGACGGCGAGGGCUGCAGCUGCAUCCACCUGGCCGCGCAGUUCGGCCACACCUCCAUCGUGGCUUACUUCAUCGCCAAGGGGCAGGAUGUAGACAUGAUGGACCAGAAUGGAAUGACUCCAUUGAUGUGGGCAGCUUAUAGGACACACAGCGUCGAUCCUACCCGGCUGCUACUCACCUUCAACGUGUCCGUCAGCCUCGGUGACAAGUACCACAAAAACACAGCGCUGCACUGGGCUGUGCUCGCAGCCAACACCACAGUCAUCAGCCUACUGCUGGAGGCCGGCGCCAAUGUGGACGCCCAGAACAUCAAGGGAGAGACGGCUCUGGACCUGGCCAAGCAGCGGAAAAACGCCUGGAUGAUUAACCACCUGCAGGAGGUGCGGCAGGCCAGGGGCUAUGACAGUCCCUCCUACCUGAAGCGGCUGAAGGCGGACAAGAAUUUCAGGCAGAAGGUGAUGCUAGGGACCCCCUUUUUGGUCAUCUGGCUGAUGGGCUUCAUCGCUGAUCUGGACAUAACUACCUGGCCCAUCAAGACCUUGAUGUAUAUAGUCGUGUGGAUCAUAGUCCAGCUGCUUUCCCGGUCCUUCUUCGACCACUCCAUGCACAGCGCCCUUCCCCUGGGCAUCUAUUUGGCCACCAAGUUCUGGAUGUACAUGACCUGGUUCUUCUGGUUCUGGAACAAUCUUCCCUUCGUUACCGUCCACCUGCCCUUCCUGCUGAACAGCCUCGCGCUCUUCUACAACUUCGGAAAGUCCUGGAAGUCGGACCCAGGGAUCAUCAAGGCCUCUGAGGAGCAGAAGAAGAAGACAAUUGUUGAACUGGCAGAGACUGGAAAUCUGGAUCUUAGUAUUUUCUGUAGUACCUGCUUGAUACGGAAGCCCGUGAGGUCCAAACACUGUGCCGUGUGCAACCGCUGCAUCGCCAGAUUUGAUCACCACUGUCCCUGGGUGGGCAACUGUGUGGGGAGCGGGAAUCACCGCUACUUCAUGGGAUACUUGUUCUUUCUGCUCUCCAUGAUCUGCUGGAUGAUCUACGGCUGCAUCUGCUACUGGAGGACGCACUGCACCACCAGCUACGCCAAGGAUGGCUUCUGGACCUACAUCACACAGAUCGCCACCUGCUCGCCCUGGGUCUUCUGGAUGUUCCUCAACAGCAUCUUCCACUUCAUGUGGGUGGCCGUGCUCAUCAUGUGCCAGACUUACCAGAUUGCAUGCCUUGGCAUUACCACCAACGAGAGGAUGAACGCCAGAAGAUACAAGCACUUUAAAAUUACAACGACGUCCAUCGAGAGCCCUUUUAACCAUGGUUGUGCACGGAACCUCAUAGACUUCUUUGAGUACCGUUGCUGCGGCCUCUUCCGGCCCGUGAUCGUGGACUGGACCACGCAGUACACUAUAGAGUACGACCAGACGUCCGGCUCUGGCUACCAGCUGGUGUAGCCCGGCUGGGACCUGGGCAUCCUGUCGGGUCAUGGCUGCAUCCCGGGGACAGUCGUCCUGAGUCUGGGAUUCACAGAGACUGCAUGCUGUUAGAGGGACACGCCCACACCGGGCCCAUCAGGACACGACGGCUCCUUCCCCACUAGCCGAGCCCCUGUCACCCCGACGCGGAUGGAGAAUGUCCGACAGAGGGGAGAGGAGAUGCUAACUGGGGAGUCAUGGCGGGAAUGGGGGGAGGGGGGUUUUGUUCUUUAAGUGUGGGCCUUAUGUUGCAUCGUGUGCAACAGGGUUCCAUCACAGUCUCUGCUUCGUUUUACCGUUCAUUUUUUCCUCCUCCGUUUUUAAAAGCAUAUUUAUGUUUUGAAGCUUUACCGUUCCAUAUAAAAAUUAAAAAAAAUGUACUAAUGUCUUAAAAAGACUGAUCUCAGAAAUGGCUUUGUGGGUAUUUCUGGGACUGCUCUGUCUCAAGCCAUGUCUUUGCAAUCACCUGAAGACUGGGCAGCUUCUCCUGUCAUGACAAUGUGAGUCGAUACAGUGUUCGGAAAUGGAGUUUUGGAGCCUCAUCAUAACUCGCUGAUGCUGUCGCGUAUAAGGAAGUAUAUUCCCGGAACUGAUGUGAUGCUGGUAUAUUUAUUUGUAAGGCUAUUUAUGAAUAAGAUGUGCUUCAGUCGGGGUGGCACGGUAAACGGUUAGUCAUUUUAGGUUUUAUCAUCCAUGCAUUUUGAUGUAGCCACAUCCUUGAUGCAGUUUAUAUUAACGGUGGAUGUUAAAGAUGCGUAACCUUGCAACAUUGGAAAGUAUACAUGUGUUUUUUUUUAUCUGGGACAGUCAAAGAUGGCAGUUCAUGAGUACGCCUCAUUCCAAGUUGUUUUCAUAACUGAUUUUUUUUUUUUUGUCUUUUUCCAAGACGAUGCACUGAUUUUUGCCUAAUUUUCAUUGAUGGAAACUCUGUUUUAAUAUUAAUGUCUUUUUAUUAUUAUUAUUUCUGGCUUCCAAGAAACACUCCCAUUACGGAGAUGAGCCCCUGGGGUUCUGCCCAGUUCUCUCAUGCCAUACGAGCAGCACCGGCAUAGCAGGAGCGUGAAGGUCCCGUUGUAUAUAUGAGACUUAGGUCCCCUUACUGUGAUUUUUAAUGUUUUGUUUUUUGAAUGUUAAUGGAAGCUGCUUGUUUUGUUUUAUUGAACCAAACCCGGGAAAACGAAUGCUGUAAGCUUCCAGUGCUCUGGGAUCCCGCCAUCUGCAUUGAAAGCCGCGGGUGGUCUACGUUUGCGAGGCCGGGGGUGCAAACCGCCCUGGUUGCAGGUGGGGGCCCAUACUCUUAUCCUCCCUAGAGGGAGCCACAUGUCUGUACAUAGUGAAUGUUUACGGUGUAUGUUUUUAUUUUAUUAUUCUUUUUUUUUUUAACCACUGUGUCAGAGGGCAGCAGGUGUCAGGCAGUGAUUGCAGGCAUGUGAUACUGUAUAUGAAUGACAUAUUUGGGGCGCGAGGGGAGUGAAAACUAAAAGUAAACUGCUUUUAUUGUUCUGUGCUCCUCUCUAUAGACCUGUUCCUGGAGGUAGCGAUAGGAAGGAGCGAUUUUAAGAAAAUGCUUGGUUUAGAACACAGACCUUAUCCUGUUCCGUGGCUGCUUCAGCCAUCCUUGUGCACUGAUUCAAGGGACUUUACUGAAAUAUGAGGGCAGGAAUGGGGGGUGGGGGGCUGAACAUGAUGUCAUUUGGCCCGUUUCCUGUGGCCUUGAUAGGGCCGGCUAGCGACAGGGCUGUCAGGGAAUCGGGUUUAAGUGUAGAUUCAUUAAAAAAAAAAAAAAAAAGUGUGUGUGUUCUGGUGUUUGUCAAACCCCUGCUGUAAAGCACAUUGCAGUAUCUUUCCUUGUGCCCAUAACACCUUGGUUUUCAUGGUUGGGGCACCAAGAUUUUAAGGUUUUCUUUCAUGUAACAAUAUUGUUGUUGUUUACCUCCUCUCUCGAUGGAAUAACACGUUAUGAGAUGAUUGCAUAAAACAGUCAAGUGUUUUGUUGGGUCACAUGAAUGCUGUUUCUUCAACAUCACAUGUGCUUGCAUUCUGCCUGCCUGCAGCCGUUAUCAGUAAGAAUCCCCGCAGAAAAGUUAGUGCUGUUUUCGCGCACAGCCACCUGCCAUGAAAAUGCCAUAAAGUAGCCCAUUCUAUCAAACUUUCAUAUAAGAGCUCAGCUGUGUGUCCCAGAGUUCUGCAAUGGACACCUUCCUCUGCUUCUCCUCUGUGUAUCUUAUUUUAAUAAAAAUCAACAGCUGCCA